AUGGCCUCGCUACGGCCCUCAAGUCCUACACCGCAAAUUCCACCUCCUCCGAGUCCCUCUGCAGAUGCAGGUAUCGCCCCAUCCCAAGAAGUGACCUCACAUGACCAGCAUGACGUUCCCGAGGUUGAGCAAAUCAACAUAUUCAAAUUGAGUCCUAUCGCCGCUCUAAAACUACUUUGCGGUCUAUUGGAGUCCCUUGUGCGUAUCACGGGCGAUGUUCCUCCGACACCGCCAGUCAGUUUCUCUACUAGCACGUCGAGAGUGGAGCUAUCGGAGGAUAAUCAUGCAGAAUUUGAGCGACGUGAGAAGAGGAGAUCUAGGCAGUGGGUUGGAGAUGAUUGCGAUGUGCCACAUAAGGCCCAGACUCCAAUUGGAAGCCCAGAGGCACGUCCACACGAGCCCAACAUUCAGAUAGUUGAUCCCGAAAUUGAACCUUUGGUCUCUCAGCAUGCAACGAUUGCAAGGAAAUUCUAUUCAAAGAAGCCACCACCUAUUUCGUUGGAAGAAUAUCUCACACGCCUGCAUAAGUAUUGCCCCAUGUCCACAGCUGUCUAUCUUGCAACCAGUCUGUACAUUCACCGGUUGGCCAUCAUCGAGGGACUCGUGCCUGUCACGACGCGGAAUGUGCAUCGACUUGUCUUGGCAGGCCUUCGAGUUGCCAUGAAAGCGCUCGAGGACCUCAGUUAUCCACAUUCACGAUUUGCCAAAGUCGGCGGGGUAACCGAGGUAGAGCUUGGAAGAUUAGAAGUCAGCUUCUGCUUCGUUACCGAUUUCAAUUUGAGAGUCACAAGUGAGAUGCUUCUAGAGCACGCAAAGACUGCACGAGAUGGUGGGAGUAUAGGUAAAGCCUCUCUUAGCUUGCAGAUAAAACUGAGAAAGGGCAUGGGUAAGAAGACCGCGCAAAUCGAGACUUCUUCAGAUACCGGCUAG